AUGAGACGGAACAUGAACUGCUCGCCAAGCUGUUUGAGUUGGAAGGAUUGGGCAUAUCUUCUGAGGAAGUCGCUGAGAGGUCACAGCUCACAGAGUACUACGACAGGACGGUAUCGUGACAGCCACCUUUCCGCUAACUCCCAGUGUUGCAGAUCUCGCUCAGAUAACUAUUCUUCAGCAAUUAAACGCCUGAUAAAAGCAUUGGUACUGGAAGAUACUAAACAGUACGAAGACGAAGAUAUAAUUGAAAAGGCAAACCGGAGAAAUGCCCAACUCAGCAGGAGUGUACUACAUGCCCACUCGGGUGUGUGGCGCGAACAUAAGCCCAGACCAUUGAGAAUUGUUUUCGACGCCUCCUUCAAACGAAAGGGUCAGCUCUCUCUUAACGAUGUCACUCUCAAAGGAGAGUCCAUGGUCAACAAAAUCCACGACAAUCUUUGA